UACCGUUCAAGAAACUAUCUCUUGUUUCAAACAGUAUGUUGAAAGAUGUGGUACGCCAUUACAAUACGAGCUUUUUGAUUUCACUUUGGAAUACUUCACCAAAUCUAUUGAUAAAUUCUGUAAGCCUGGACCAGAUAGAGAUGCUUUCUUGAAACACUCACCAUGUGCUGUUGAAAAGGUACUUGGAACCCAAGAGACAAAGAAAACAUGUAACAACCCUUUUUUGGCAACGAUUGAAAAAAGUGAUAAAAACAGCAGUCUCGAUCAUCGUCUGGAUUCUGUUUGUUGUUCAUACAAUAGAUGGGAAGAUUGUUUAAUGACAUCAAUCGAGAAAGAAUGUGGUAAGGAUGGAAGAGAAUCGAUAUUCAAUUUCUUGGACAAAGCUUUUGCAGGUUUGAUUCGAAUGGUCUGUAACCAUGAUGAGUUUAACUACAAACUGGAUAAAUGCAAGGCAGUCUUCGCUCCUGAUGGUGUCGAAGUCGAUUUACGUACAACUGAACAUCCAUUUUUAAAAUACCUUGCAUCUUACUUUGGUUUCCUAUUCAAUUAA